AUGGGGGCAGGCCGCCGGGAAAACUGGGAGCAGCGGCAGACGGGCUACGUAAAAGGAUCUCCCAUUCCGCAUGCCAAGACGCAGACAUUGGCAGCUGCUAGCACCGGAAUCGAGACUGGGAAGAGCCUGCAAAACCCUGGUCGUCGGCUUGGGGCCCAGGGAUGCGGCUUUGAGGCUUCUAAUCCCUAUUGCGCGUGCAUUCAAUGUGACGACUUGUACACACGUGUGCCGCGGACCACAAUGGCUGCUGCCGGUCGCGCGCUCUCGUACGAGCACGGACUUGGCUGCUGCGAGGGACUUGGGUACCUGGCCGCCCGCGACGCUACUGUACCCUCAGCUGCUACGACCAAGGCCUGGCAGCAACGCGAGACAACCAACAGGGGGUGGUGGGGCCUAUGGCACCCCUUUGGCACCCUCUGCCACCCGCUGCCGCUCAUUCGCUGCCUGAGGUGCCCAUUCCCCUCCCCCAGUACGCGCCUCUGCCUCAGCGUGCGCGUCUUUUCUGCCUCUUGGUCACCUCACCUCACCACACCAUCGAUUCUCCGGGACCCGUCUGCACUGCACAGCACUGCACUGCGACUGAGUGAGGUGACAAUCUGGCCUCUGCCGUGUGUGUUCUCUUGCAUUGACACGGGCUUUGCAUUGCGCGCCCCUCUCCUCUCCUCUCCUCUCCUCCUAUCCCAUCCCGUCCCCGUCCCCAGCACCCCUCCAUCCGGACGUCUGCCGCGCACCAGCAGCAAGCCCAAGCAAGCCCCAACUCGCCUGCAGGUGCCUCCCAGUCCCUACUACGCUGCCUCCCACCCAACUAAGCUGCCUGCCUCCUGCGUGCGGCAUCCGUCCCGUUGCUGGUGA